GAGGUGUGGUUGCGCGUACACCCAAUGUGAGAGGAUCUCGGGGGAGUGUCCGAGGAACGAAACAAAAAAGCGUUGCUUCGUCUAUGAGAAGUGGCGGUGAAGUUGAGAACGAGCGAUCCAAAAUUCGUGAAAUCAAGGGAUUUUACUAUUUUGUUCUGUUAGUAUAUAUAUAGAUAUAUAUGUUCAGAAUCGAUAGAGCGAAGCAUCAAUAGACGCACUUUUAGGCACUAUCAUUAACAUUAUUAUUAUUAUUGUUGUUGUGAUUAUUAUUAUUAUUGUUACGUUAUCAUGAGUGGCGAAAAGGAAAAAACCUCUGCACCUUCUUCUUCGCCUUAUGUUGAGUUCUGCAAAGGAGUCAAUGGCCUUGACAAGGUUAUCCUCCGCGAAUCGCGUGGCUCCUCCGCCGAGGUGUAUCUGUACGGUGCACACGUGACGUCGUGGAAGAACGACCAUGGCGAGGAAUUACUUUUUCUCAGUAGUAAGGCUGUAUUUAAGCCUCCAAAGGCAAUUCGGGGAGGGAUUCCAAUUUGCUUUCCUCAAUUUGGAGGCCUUGGCACUCUCGACCAACAUGGAUUUGCUAGAAAUCGAUUGUGGAGCAUUGAUGAUGAUCCUCCUCCAUUUCCAACAAAUACGUUGAGCAAAGCCUUUGUUGAUUUGAUACUUAAGACCUCUGAAGAAGACUCAAAAAAUUGGCCUCACAAGUAUAAAAAAUAUUUAAUAUGUUGUCUAUGUUUAUAUUUUUUCAAAAACCUGCUUAUUUCAUAUUUUGAAUUGGGUAUAUUAUGUUUCCUUAUGUUAUUAUAUACCGUUCUGUUUGUUUGUAGUUUUGAAUACCGUCUUCGGAUAGCUUUGGGACCAGGAGGAGAUCUGAUGUUGACAUCACGGAUCAGGAACACAAACAGCGAGGGAAAACCAUUUUCGUUCACCUUUGCAUACCAUACAUAUUUCUCUGUAUCAGACAUAAGUGAAGUUCGAGUGGAGGGAUUGGAGACCUUGGAUUAUCUCGAUAAUUUGCAGAACAAGGAACGUUUUACUGAACAGGGGGAUGCUUUAACGUUUGAAUCAGAAGUUGACAAGAUAUAUCUUAGCACUCCUACAAAGAUUGCAAUUAUUGAUCAUGAAAAGAAGAGAACAUUUGUUGUCCGUAAAGAUGGCCUUCCUGAUGCUGUGGUGUGGAAUCCUUGGGAUAAGAAAGCAAAGGCCAUGGCUGAUUUUGGUGAUGAUGAGUACAAGCAUAUGCUCUGUGUAGAGGCUGCUGCUAUUGAGAAGCCUAUCACUUUGAAACCUGGAGAAGAAUGGAAAGGAAGGUUAGAGCUUUCAGCUGUUCCCUCUAGUUAUUGCAGUGGACAACUUGAUCCCCAGAGAGUUCUUCUGGGAAGCUGAAUGAUCUUUGUUGUGUUCUGUGUCCUGUACAGGAAAGAUUUAUCUGCAGGUAGCCUGUUGCAACAUUUAUGGAUGUUAAAAUGGAAAGUGUCUUCAGUAAUUUUGCCCCUUCAUGUUUCAUUUAAGUCUGUGGUGGACAGAUGAACUCAUGUUGGAUAGAUUUUUAUUAAACUUUUAUUUUUUCCCCUGUAAUGGAUGACAAACUGAACAAAGCGUAUUAAGCUGUUGAGGCCACAGUUGUUGCCAUGGAAGAUCGCAAUUACAGCCUACAAUUCAACAGAUUUUCACGUUGGGUUNAAUGGCCUAGACCCAGAGGGAUUCAUUUUGAAUUCAUAGUUUUUUGGGUUUUGAAAUCCCUGUAAGUUGUUUUUUCUAAAUGUUAUAGGGCAAUGAACACACCCUUUAAGAGUAUUUUAUAAUGCUAAAGGAGUGUACAACAGAAGAACGAUUGACAAGUGAUUAAAUAUUUCUGGGUUAUUUUGUUACAUAAUCCUAUGUUUAAUUAAAUGAUUAUUUGUUCUGCC